AUGAACGAUUCCGGGAGCGGCUGCGCGGGCUCCUGCCAGAGUGGGCGUGGGGGGCAUGGAGGGAGGAGGAGCCCCUGGUGGGGACAGGACCCCAGCUUCUCCCUGUGCCCGGAUGCAGCUCUGUCUGCACUUGAACAGCCCCCCGUGACAGCAGAUGCCGGGUGCUCCCCCGGGAGCACAGAGUUACAGCCACCAACCUCCCCCUCCGCCCUGCGCCCGUCAUCUGCCUGCAGUGGCCAUCAGGGGGAGGUCUGGAAAGCUGGGGACACACGGUGCUGCACCAUGGCCGAGACCUGUGUAUUUGCAGGUUUCACGCAGAUGUCGGCGCUCAGACCAGAACUUCAGAAAAUGCACGGCAAGCAACAGGUGUUCGCCAGCUACUCACAGUGGACACCGCUGUGCGUGUGCACACGCCUGUGGGCCCACACAGAGUUCUCCAUGCCGCGUGCAUACCCACAGCAGAUGGAUUCUUCUGGAAAUGUCGGCGACCACUCACUCAGCCGGCAGCUGCUGGCCAUCCGCCAUGUGUCAGCGCUGCAGAGAGGCAUGGGGCUGAGCGCUGCCCGAGAACCACCAACUCUGGUGGGGCGGGCGGAUGCCAUCAGCAGCUGCCCUAAGGUCACGCAGCAGCAUCCUGCAAACAAUCCCGCGCGACUCUGCCCAGCGCACACGGUGAGGAUGGCAGGGCCGCAGGCCGGGCGCUUCCUCUGGCCCUGCCCGCCCGGCAAGCAGAUGGCAGCGUGGGCGUUAGGGCUCCUGUCCCCACUUUCUGCCCUGCCUGCCCGAAGUAGAAAGGUUUUAAAAAAUCCACGAACUUCUACCCCUGACGUCUCCCCAUCUGCCAAGGUGGGCAGUGAGACCUGUGUGCACCUGUCCACUGAAAUACACUCCACUGGCCCCAUGGCCCGAGUGGUCAGCAUCAAGGGGAGUGUCAUCCCCGACCUGCUUCAUGCCAGGUUCCGGGAGCUGUAUGCGGUGUUUCAGGCUCCACUUCCACUGGGCUUGUCAUUGUCUCUUCAGAAUUCCGUGUUUCUCUCCACUGAGCACUCUAAGAGUGCCCAGGGAGAGACCUUGAGCAGGGUCCCCAGGAAGUGUCUUCCUUCUCAGAUGGGCCGCUCCCAUCGGGCUCCUCCAGCCUCUGAUUUCUCCUCAGCUCCGGUGAGCGUGGCCUGUCUCCCCUCUCGGGACCCCGGACUUGGGCCCCGGAGGAGGUCCUUUGCCAGCACCAGGGACAGGGCCUUGUGCCGCCUCCCUGCCCAGCGCCUGCAGCUUCCCCCAUGGCGCCUCUCAGUCUGA